ACGUGACCCGGGACUAGUCAUGGCCGGGACAGGGGGCCGGGGGGUAUGCAAUGAAGAAAUAUAAUGCCAUGCAGCACGCCUUGGUUUUAGGGGGUUUUAUUAUUUGGGGCAAAAAAGAUAAUAGGGAUAAUAGGGCCUAGGGGGUAUAUCUGAGCACUUAUGGGUGAAGGAUGAAGAGUAUAAUGGUAUAUAAGCUGGGUGAGCAGAGGCGGAUAGAGAGUGUCCAACGUAGAGCUACUAAGUUGAUCCCAGGUAUUAAGCACCUAUCAUACUCUGAACGUCUUCGCCUCCUGAAAUUGCCAUCACUCAGUCAUAGACGUAAAAGAGGUGACAUGAUUGACGUGUACAAAUAUCAGCAUGGUUACUAUGAUACAAGUUCUGAGCUUUUCUGUCUGAGAUAUGGUGGGAAAACACGUGGUCAUUCCUUAAAGCUAGAGAAAAGAUAUUCACGUCUUGAUGUGCGUAAGUUUUUCUUUGCUAACGGAGUGGUAGAUGUGUGGAACAGUCUCCCAGAAGAUGUAGUUACUGCUUGUUCAGUGAUUGCAUUUAAGAAUAGACUGGAUAAGCAUCCCUUCCUGCCAACAUAAGUAGCACACCUAAUUUUGUCUGAAGGAGAGCAGCAAUAGACAUUCUACUUUGAUCGAUGAACAGGCUUAGUCCUACAACAUCGUUGGAUGGAGUAAACUAAACUAAACUAUAUAUCAAACCAACGGAUUGCCAAGAAAGGAGUAAUCCAUAGCCAGGAGGCUCCUAGAGAGUAAAAACAUUUACUAAUCUAAUGUAUGCUUAGUAGUUUUCCACGGAGCCAGGCCAGGGUCAGGAUUCUAUUGGUAUCUAUUGCAUGAUUCAUACACGUAGACGUACAUACCACCAAAAAACCACUCACACUAAUACGAGGUUAGUAUAUAUAUACUAACCUCUUACAAGGGACCGUGUUUGACACUGGAUUUCGAAGUAGUCAGCAAACAUCGCUUCAUUGCUGAAGUAAUAUUUGCCGAAACUCCUUCUCGCUACGCACCGGGGCUCUUUCUGUCCUUUGAAUCCAUCUGAAAUGGAUUGGAGCCAAUACUACCCAUCUUCUCUUCUUGAUGCCAAGUGUAAAGUAGAAUUCCUGGAUAUUGGAUGUGGAUAUGGUGGUUUAUUGGUUUCCCUGUCACCACUCUACCCAGAGAGCCUGAUGUUAGGUAUGGAGAUUCGAAUCAAGGUGUCUGAUUACGUGCAGCAGCGCAUUGAGGCAUUGAGACAAAAUCAUCCAAAUUCCUAUUCCAACAUUGCGUGUAUUCGAUGCAACGCCAUGAAGCAUCUCCCAAAUUUCUUUGAGAAGGGACAGCUGAAGAAAUUAUUCUUCCUAUUCCCUGACCCUCAUUUCAAAAAGACCAAACACAAAUGGAGAAUCAUCAGUCCAACUCUUCUUGCAGAAUACGCUUAUGUUUUAGGAGAAGGGGGCCUGGUGUAUACAAUCACUGAUGUGAAGGAGAUGCAUGAAUGGAUGUCACGUCACAUUGAGGAACAUCCUCUAUUCCAGAGGUUAUCAGAGGAAGAGAUGAAUAUGGAUCCAAUCGUCAAGGCACUCUAUGAAAGCACAGAGGAAGGUCAGAAGGUCACCAGAAACAGUGGAGAGAAAUUCCCUGCAGUCUUCAGAAGGAUUCCAGAUCCUUGGACCCUUACUACUACAUAACAUUAAACACCUAAUGCUCCAAACAAGACGUUUAUUUCAACCGGCAAUGAUUUUACAGGUUAUAAGGAGGCAAUCUUAUAAAGAAAAACAGGAUUCCAUGUAUAGAUUCUCUUGUGGACCUUAUCAUUAGACAACUAAAUGCUCCAAACAAUGCAUCCAUCCCUCCAUUACAAUGGCAUGUCAGGAUCAGUCAACUUUUAUCUUGGCAAACUUGUUAAUGGGGCAUAUUUAGCAGCAUCACUAAGCCAAGAGAGGAUUGCUAGGUAAUGACGUCCAUGUGCCCUCCUUUCUGCAAUAGCACCAGUAAGGGCAACUGCCUUUAAAGACUGUGGCCCAAGAAGCAUAUUUCUUCAAACAAUGCUUUGAAAGGUUAUAAGGAGAAAAUCUUGAUGAAGGAAAACAGGAUUCAAUGCAUAGAUUCUCCCAUGGCUGUCGGAUCUUUAAAACAUGCUCUAGAAUUUUUAUGGGAAAGGAAUUCACUUCAGUUUAGUCACCAGAUUUGUGUUGCAUGUCUUGUCUCGUUUUUUUUUUUAUUCCCACAAUCAUAUCUCUUGAGUUGAUUAUUAAGCCAAAGUUGAAAAUUGACUGUCCUACCGUAUUGUUGAAGCAUUGAUAAUUUUUUGUUUUCUUUUCGAAAAAAACCCAACAGAUGUUGCUAGUGGUGCUGUUUACCUGCUCUCUCUUGUCAGUAAUGCCUUCAUAAGCAGAUGUCUAAAUUGAAGUUUGAAUGAAGAAAAAAUCAGAAAACCAGUAUAGCCAUUCAGUGGAAAACUAAAUACAAGUUAAUCAGUUGGAUAUUGUUUUAUACUCUGAUAACCUAUAAGAAGGUGAGGAUCUUUCUAAGCAUGAAAAAUAUGGCAUCUUUGAGAUAAAUUUACAAAUGCGACUCUGAAAGUAUAACUGGAUGAAACUCAAGUGGUGAAUAUACAUGUACUCCAACAGUCUUAUGAUUAAUGUGUAAAUAAUAAACUCUGUUCUCGAUGUGG